CCGGCGGGCGGUCGCGCGGCUGAGGCGCGGCGAUGGCGGCCAUGGCGGGUGGCGGCCGGCGGUGCUGCCGGCGGCUGGAGGCCGAGACGGCCCGGGCCGUGCUGGGCGCCGCCGACACGCUCCUCUUCGACUGCGAUGGAGUCUUGUGGCGGGGCGAGGUGGCGGUGGGCGGCGCGGCGGAGGCGCUGGAGCGGUUGGCGGCGGCGGGGAAACGCUUGUGCUACGUGACUAACAACAGCAGCCGGACACGCGCGGCCUACACCGAGAAGCUGCGGCGGCUGGGCUUCCCGCCCGCCCAGCCCCGCCACAUCUUCGGCUCGGCCUACUGCGCCGCCCGCUACCUGCGCCAGGCCCUGCCGCCCGGCGCCGCCGCCUACGUGCUGGGCAGCCCGGCACUGGCCGCCGAGCUGGAGGCCGUCGGUGUCCCGUACCUGGGCCCCGGCCCCACCGCCCUGCCCGGCCCCGCGCCCGCCGACUGGGCCCAGGCGCCGCUCGACCCCGCCGUACGCGCCGUCCUCGUCGGUUUCGACGAGCAUUUCAACUACGCCAAGCUGUGUCAGGCCCUGCGCUACCUCCUGCGCGGCGGCGCCGACUGCCUCCUCGUCGGUACCAACCGCGACCACCGCCUCCCUCUCGAAGGCGGCACCGCCAUCCCCGGGACUGGCUGCCUGGUAAAAGCGGUGGAGACAGCAGCCCAGCGCGAGGCCUUCAUCAUAGGAAAGCCCAACCGGUACAUGUUUGAUUGUGUGGCCAGUGAGUUUGACAUCGAUCCCGCUCGUACCAUCAUGGUGGGAGAUCGGCUGGACACGGACAUCCUCAUGGGCAAUAGCUGCGGCCUCACCACACUGCUGACGCUGACCGGCGUCACCACGCUGGAGGAGGUGAAGGGCCACCAGGAGAGCGACUGUCCCACCAGGCAGAGCCUGGUUCCCGAUUACUACGUCGAGAGCAUCGCUGACCUUCUCCCAGCGCUGGGGGAUUAAUAGAGCAAAAUGCUUGCAGCCACUGCGGCAGUACCCUGAGGAGGGCCCCUGUUAAUCACCUCAUGACAGUAACGUACUCGGAGUUAGCAACCCUUAGCUUUUUAACCCUUCUGUCCUCUUGUUAUGAUGUUGUUUACAUCUCAGUCUUUAAAUGCACUUUGAAACAAAGAGGGCAUUACGGUGUCACCCACGCCUGGUGGGCUCGGGGCUUUUGGGUUUUUUAAAUUAUGAGCAACGCAUCUAUCCAAAUGUUUGUGAUACUCGUUGUCACGUCAUCCUCUAGACUGAGCUGAGGGAAGUUGAGCUGGUUGAUCUGAGGAAAAGAACGCACCAAUUUGCGGUGUGUCCUCGCCUGGACGGGCCGUGGCUUGGUCUGGUUUAUUCAGGGAAAUGACUCUGGGAGUGUGUAGUAACUUAGCGGCUGUGCUUGGCAACGCUUGCGGUGGCUGGCAGAACUAGCUUUCGCCCUUAGCUUGGUUUCUUUUUUUUUUUUCCUGAGGGGUUCCUGUUUGGCGGCACAACCCGCUGCAAGUGUGAUGUCGGGUCACAGAAACCGAGACCCAGCGCCUUUGUUUGACCGUCGCAAAUUGCACUUGCGAUGCAGGUGGGGGUGAUCCCGCUCGCGGAACGCAGGCGGCGUCUUCUGUGCGCUGUGUCUGUCCAAGCGUUGGGUGUCUGCGUAAAGCACGUGUACCUGCAAGGCCUACCCCACCCUAAAUAUAUAUCAGAAUAUAUUUAAAAUAUAAAUUUAAGUACAGAUUGUGAUAAUAUAUCUUGUUUCCCAGAAGGGAGGAUAAGAGGAAUGUACUUCACAGAUCGCAGUAGGUUUAAUUCUCCUAAGCCUUUGCAUUAGGUAAUGCAGAAACUCUAUAACCACGUAGGACUGUCCUCUGCCACUGCUGCACCCCAGAAAUAACCGGAUUAGUACCGAGUUAGUCCUCGUACUUCCCUCAGCAUCAAAAUAGCUGCUUGCCAUGGCUUUAGCCGCAGAACCUGAAGUAGCGCUCUGCCCACGGGGGAUGGAUGUGGUGCACAGUCCAGCUUCCCACCGACACGCGCCUGUUGGCCCCCUGGCCACGCGUGACGAUGGCCACGUGCUUCCUUUAAAUAGCUGAGGUCGGUGCCUUCCGUGGGCUUCUGGUGUGGGGGCCUGGCACCGGUGGCUUGUCUGAAGAGGAGCACUUGCUUGCUCAGGUGGUGAUUUUCUUUUGAUCCGGGUUUGGGUGAUGCAUGGCUCAGGCUAUGGGGUAGAUUUUUCUGCUGGCUGAAUUGAAGGCACAGCUGAAAGCUUCUGCAUUACAGAAUUAAGUGAAAAAAUGAUAUAUGCAAAUAACAUGCUUUUAUUCCAUAGAUUCUGCUAUCAGCAACUAAAUUUAAACACUAGCCUUCCUUCUCCUGCUGCUCAGCUGGAUAGCUCCAGCAGUGUGUCAAUGCCAUUUCCUUCCACUCGGACACUCAAAAUGAGUAGACUUGGCACCUCGUUUGUACGGCAAUAACCGUUCAUAUUGUCUGUCGGUGUUACCAGAAUAUCAGCUGCUCUUGUAAAAGGGUGUUUGUAACUCGGAGCUGUGUAGGAAGCACGGACGACCUCCUGUACCUGUCUCCAGCGGGAAGGCUGUGACUGUGUAAAGUCACAGAGAAACACUCGCAGGUAGAACUUUGGCUUUAUCUGGGUAACAUGGAAACGGACAUUAUGGGUUUGCUGCAGGUGGGGUCCGAAAACAGUGUGUUCUUUGAUUCAGUUCCUGCAUCUGGUGCUUAUCAUUUCAGAAUAUGUCAAGUAAAGUAAUUGCCGGGAGAGGCGUUCAGCCUCCUUGAAGCAGCACACCGUCCCUGCCACGUACUGUUCACUGUACACGGGAACCAUUACCUCGAUUCACCUAUGCGGAAAUGUUCUGGUGACGGUGUCAAUCGUGCUUCAAAAUUCUGUAUCAACUUCCAAACGGUUUUCAAGCCUCUACUUGAAUUCACAUUAAACUUACAAACCUGCUUUCCCCCGG